GAACCUUAUCGACCUGAAUGUCUUAGUAAUAGUUGUUUAGAGGAGCGGUAUGGAGCUCGUCCUUCUCUGUAUCGCUGGUCUCUUCACGGUGAAAGGUGAAUAUAAUUCGACAUUACUACAGAGACUGUCGGCCUCGUCUAGAUCGUUAUGGGGAUUUAUAUUGGUGUUUACUACAUGUUGUGUCCACGCCUCUGAAGUAAAAACGGAGUUCCAGAGUAUAGCUAAAACAAGAGAUGGUGCCAGAGGAUAUUGUCAAAGAACAUAUUAUCAAGGGUCUCUUGCCCCAAUGCAGGACAUUGUCAAUACCAGGCAGCAGUCUAUCCAGGUGUGGGACGGGAACACGUACCAACUCUCCCCUCUCAUAACGAUAAUAGGAUGUACAAACGACACUGGCGUUGAUCGACAUACGAUACCUGAAAGUUUACAUUGGUCAGACGCAGCAGCACAAUGCCAGGCUCAGUGUAAUACAACUACGCUUGCUAUCAGGGGUCCAGAUUGUCAUUGUUUGGACGAAUCGUACACACUGACAAAUGAUAGCGAUUGCUUACCGAUGAUAAAAAGAUCGCCAACCCAGAACAGUAAAAACACAGACGCAAAGACUGUGUUUAAGAGAGUGAGUCUGGGAAUAAGCUACCCUCCAACUAACAGGUGCCUUGCUGUGAACGGUUCCGGUGCCUGCAACUACGAGUUUAGGAUAUGUCAGGAUUCGCUACAUAUGACGUGUAAAGGUUGGAAUACAGUGCAAAUCAUAUUAUACCCCAGCAAAGAAGUAACAAGGGAUGUAUUGGAAUCAUCUUGUCUGCCUUCUUUCUGCCCUUUAGUCAGGGCGUACGAAUUCUUCCUGUCUCCUCCAUUGCAUGGUCGUAUGAGGUUAAAAGUCUGCCCCCUGAAGAAUCACUUUUGUGUCUUUUAUUAAGAAGAUAUUGAAGACACCUAAUAAGAUCUUCUGGCUCAUUGCCAGACUUGGAUCUUUAAUAUAUCAUAUCUUCCCUCAAUGCUCUGGCUUUCUAUGUUUUGCGUUUUUCUAUAGUUGUCUCCUUGACACCCGUCCUGAUAUGGCCCUGGUUUUUAUGGGUAAGUCCUAAGUGUGUAUGUGAUGUGGUGUCUGUGAUGUGACUGUUUUGAAAAAGUCAUAUUUGAGUGAUUUGUGUAUGUUUCCUUGUGAAUAUAACUGACUCUGUUUAAAGGUAUUUUUAUGUCCCAUGUGUUGCCCAUUCACAUAUAAGAGUGUAGUCAAUUGUUAGUGCUUGCGUGUUAAUCUAUAAUUGCAUAAAGAGAUGUGUCAUCAAGAAAAAGGUUAAUUUCAGUAGAAAAGUUCCGAUAAUAUAAUUGAAAUAAAGAAGUUGACCAAGGACAGGUCCGUGAGUUACCUCUUUUUUAAUAACCUUGACUUGAGUAAGAUAACCUUCAUCACUAA